CGUGCUUUUUUUGGGGGGGGGGCCGCAGUCGAAGCAUGUCUGGGAUACUAAAGCUGCUGGACGUGCGCUGGAGCAGGCCCGUCGUGGCACAUCUGCAGCCCGUCGUGGCACGUCUGCAGCCCGUCAGGACUUUCCGCUGCACCACUGCAAGACAAGAUGAGCAAAGCGAGGCGUCCACCGUGCUGGGCAAGCGCUGGAAGGACACGGCGGAGACGGUGGUGAUCGGCGGCGGCUGCGUGGGCGCCAGCCUGGCGUACCACCUGGCCAAGGCCGGCAUGAAGGACGUGGUGCUGCUGGAGAAGUCCGAGCUGACCGCCGGGUCCACCUGGCACGCGGCCGGCCUGACCACGUACUACCACCCGGGCAUCAACCUGAAGAAAGUCCACUACGACAGCAUCAAACUCUACGAGCGCUUGGAGGCCGAGACCGGACAGGCGGUGGGCUUCCACCAGCCGGGCAGCGUCCGCAUCGCCUCCACGUCGGCCCGGGUGGACGAGAUGAGAUACCAGAUGACCCGCACACACUGGCAUGUGACCUCCCAGUCCAUGAUCGGACCUGAGGAAGUCCACCAACUCUUCCCUCUGCUCAACAUGGACAAGGUCUUGGCGGGCCUGUACACUGCGGGAGACGGCCACAUCGACCCUUACUCCCUGACCAUGGCCCUGGCUGCGGGGGCUCGCAUGUACGGCGCCCAGAUCUACAACCCGGCGCCCGUCACGGGCCUCCAGCCCACCGCCGACGGCAAGUGGGACGUCCAGACGCCGCACGGAACCAUCCGGGCCGAUCGCAUCGUCAACGCCACAGGUUUUUGGGCGCGGGAGGUGGGCAAAAUGAUCGGAUUCGAGCACCCUACCAUCCCGGUGCACCACCAGUACGUGGUGACGGCGACAGUGCCGGAGGUGAAGGCUCUGAAGAAGGAGCUGCCAGUCAUCCGAGACCUGGAGGGUUCCUACUACCUCCGCCAGGAAAGGGACGGCCUCCUGUUCGGACCCUACGAGCAAAUGGAGAAGAUGGUCCUGCAGGACUCUUGGGUCAGGGACGGAGUACCCCCUGGUUUUGGCAAGGAGCUGUUUGAGUCGGACCUGGACCGGAUCAUGGAGCACGUGGAGAUGGCCAUGGAGAUGGUCCCCGUGCUUAAGAAGGCCGACAUCAUCAACAUCGUGUCCGGCCCCAUCACCUACACCCCGGACCUGCUGCCCAUGGUGGGACCCCAUCAGGGGGUCCGCAACUACUGGACCGCCAUCGGAUUCGGGUACGGAGUCAUCCACGCCGGCGGGAUCGGCAAGUUCCUGAGUGACUGGAUCACCAGCGGCGAGCCUCCCUACGACCUCAUCGAGUGCGACCCCAACCGCUACGGCAAGUGGGCCGACGUGCCCUUCAUGUGCGCCAAGGCCAGAGAAUCCUACGGCUUCAACAACGUGGUGGGUUACCCCAAAGAGGAGCGCUUCGCCGGCCGACCGACGGAGCGUGUGAGUGGUGUGUACCACCUGCUGAAGGACCAAGCAUCUAUGGGCUUCCACGCUGGCUGGGAACAACCUCACUGGUUCUACAAGGAGGGAGACCACACACAAUACAAGCCCAGUUUCAGGCGCACCAACUGGUUUGGACCAGUGGGCCGUGAGUGCCAGCUGGUGAUGGAGAAGGUGGGCGUGAUAGACCUCACUCCUUUUGGCAAGUUCACGGUGAAGGGCAAGGACUCUCACCAGCUGCUGGACCGCCUGUUUGCCAACACCAUGCCCAAGGUGGGCCAGACUAACAUCAGCCACAUGCUGACCCCCUCUGGCAGGGUCUACGCCGAGGUCACCAUCACCCAGUUGGCGCCCGGAGAGUUUUUGCUCAUCACCGGCUCCGGGUCGGAGCUGCAUGACCUCAGGUGGAUUGAGAGCGAGGUGGCGGCGGGCGGCUACGACGUGGACGUGGUGAAUGUGACAGACAACAUGGGUGUGAUGGGCAUCGCGGGGCCAAACUCCCGCAAGGUCCUUCAGAAGCUGACAGAGGAGGACAUGAGCGAUUCUGGGUUCAAGUUCCUGCAGUGCAAGUCCAUGCAGUUGGCCGGCGUGCCGCUUCGGGCCAUCAGAAUCUCUUACACCGGUGAGCUGGGCUGGGAGAUGUACAUGUGCCAGAAGGACAUGGCGGCCGUGUACUUGGCCAUCAUGGAGGCGGGCAAAGACGAGGGCAUCGACAACUUCGGCACCUACGCCAUGUCCUCGCUGCGGCUGGAGAAGGGCUUCCGGGGUUGGGGCGCUGAGAUGAACUGUGACACCAACCCUCUGGAGGCGGGGCUGGACUAUUUCAUCAAGCUCAACAAGCCCGCCGACUUCAUCGGCAAGGCCGCCCUCCAGGAGAUCAAAGCCAAGGGCCUGACCAGGAAGUUGUCCUACAUCGCGGUGGACACGCACGACAUCGACCCCGAGGGCAACGAGACGGUGUGGCACGACGGCAAGGUGGUGGGCAACACCACCUCCGGCGCCUACAGCUACAGCUCCCAGCAGAGCCUGGCGUUCGCCUACCUUCCCGUGGACCUGUGUUCCGUGGGCCAGAAGGUGGAGGUGGAGCUGCUGGGCACGAAGUACCCGGCCGCGGUCAUCCAGGAGCCCCUGGUCCUCACCGAGCCCACGCGGACCCGCCUGCAGAAGAAAGCCAAGAGCAAAGCAUAAUAAGUGCGACUGUGGUUUAUUUACAGGACCAUUCAAGGAUGACUCAACGGGGAACUGAAUCCUUAUUAUAUUAGAAGUGUUUUACAUGCAGUCUAAAGCGUAAAUACAGGCUAGCAAGAGUCAGCAAACAAUGGAGCAACUAAAAAACAUCCAAAAACCUCCAUCAACGUUUUAUAUGCACGCUGUAAGCAUAUAUGCAAUGUAGUGAUUUCUUUCCGAUCUGAUACCGAGUAAAAUUCAGGUUGGUAUCGGCGAUACCGAUCCCAUACCAACACUUUGUGCAAACAUACCUAAUUUGUCCGCUAAAAUUUAAAAAGUCGGAAUAUAUCUACAGCAUGAAUAAAGUCUAGUGAGUUAGUUAAUUAAAAACAUAAAAUGUUACUAGCUUAUGAAGCACCCCCCGCGACCCCAAAAGGGACAAGCGGUAGAAAAUGGAUGGACGGAUGGAUGGAAAUAUGACAACAACCAUAACAAACACUGUUAAAUAUGUUAAGUUAAAGUUAAAGUACCAAUGAUUGUCACACACACACUAGGUGUGGCGAAAUUAUUCUCCGCAUUUGACCCAUCACCCUUGAUCGCCCCCCUGGGGGGUGAGGGGAGCAGUGAGCAGCAGCGGUGGCCGCGCCCGGGAAUAAUUUUGGGUGAUUUAACCCCCAAUUCCAACCCUUGAUGCUGAGUGCCAAGCAGGGAGGUAAUGGCUCCCAUUUUUAUAGUCUUUGGUAUGACUCGGCCCGGGGUUUGAACCCACGACCUACCCAUCUCAGGGCGGAAUUUUUUUCCGGAUAUGGGAAAAAACAACAGUGAAAAUGUAAAAAAAAAUUAAAAAUUGGUAUAAUAUAUAAUUAAAAUAAUAUACUUAGUCACCUAUAAUGCAAAGCUGACACAUAUCUGUUUUUAGCAUUUUUUUUAUUAUAUAAAAACAACACCAAUAUGGCCGCCACAGACGUUGACUUCUCAGUAUGUGGCCCUUUGUCGAAAAAGUUUGGACGCCCCUGAACUAAAGUAUCGAUAUUUUGAUUUGAGAAUCAAUAUUAGAGCGUGAAGACCUGGUAUCGGCGGUAUCAAUAUUUCAGUACUGAUCCGCACGUCACUAACAGGCACUUUUAUAAUAAUAACAUGUAAUAUUGACAUGUUUUGCUCAUUUUUAAGCAUACGGCGGCAUAUUAUUUUCACUGAUGCAUCACAACGUUCGUUUCCCCACCCAACAACAACAACACUACUAUCAUGCAGACUUCACAAGACACAACAGAGACUACUUUGGGACAAAUGAUGAUGCAGAAACUUCUAUUUUUGAGCCUGAAUAUACAGAGGAUGAGGUACAAGUUUUAUAAGAUGACUAAACAGAUCCAGCAAGGCACAGUAUUGCCAAGUGCUGAACAAGAAACACAAACUACGAGCAUAAUAAAACAAUCACUUACUGUACAAUGUCUGCUCUCACUGGGAUGCCGACUGAUGGGGAGUUUAUAUAAUCAUAAUAGUCAAGAAGGUUUAAAAAAACA